GCGGUCAGUUCAAGUUGCCAUAGCAGAGAGAAGCUAGUUGAACAUCUUCAGGUGUCACUUCUUGGUAAAGUGACCUGCAAUAGGUUUUGAUGAAGUAAUUCCGUACUGGACUUCCCCGGUCCAAAACAAUGGAAUCAUCCAGCGAAUCGGACAGCUUUCAAAGGACGAGAGGGGUUCGAUCCCGGGGGAGAGAAUCACGCCCGAGAGCCAGACGAGACAGAACCGAGACCGAUGCAGUCAUCUCUGAGAAAAUCAACACAUUGACAAGCACUUUACAGGACACAAGUAGAAACUUGAACAAAGUUGAUCGUAUGCUGGGCGAGUACAGAGAACAUACAGAUGACCAGGCAGAAGCCAUGGCAACGUUGAGGGAGGAUCUGGAGGAGUCUAUUCUGCAGCUCCAGAGCCAGAGGCAGAGAAGGCCCAGCCGGGCUCCCAGUGCCUCGGGGUCAACCCUGCACACCAGCGAUCUGGAGGGGGGAAACUCCUCAGAAGGCCAGCGUUUCUACCCAACCUCUCCCCUGAAGGAUUAUGGGAGCUCGGAGUGGGCCGGGGGCAGGAGGCGAUCCCGGUCAGCCACUGUGCGCUUCUGUUCUCCCAGACAGGCCGGAGAGGAUAUCCACAAUCUGCACCAGUCCCUCAGAGACCUGCGCAGCGACCAGAUCCGUCUGGGCGGCGACCUGGACACAGAGGUCCUCAGGAGGAACAGGUCGGAUGUUGACACCAGGCGAGCGUUGGAGAAUCUGGCAGAGCAUCUUACGGCUUCACAGCAGCAAGAUUUGGUGUCGAGCCGAGUGGAGCAGCGACUGCAGGAGAUGGAGAGAGAGAUGCGUGCAGAGCGACAGAGCACAGAGCGACCACCAGAGGCACGGGGGAGCACGUCUGACGAACUGCAGGAGGCCCUGAGGAGGCGAGAGGCUCGGGUCAUGGAGAGUGAGGAGGUGGUUAAGAUCAGACUCCUCAGCUCAAAAGCUGACAAAACCAAGUUGGAGCAGGAGCUGGAGAGAGCCAGGAAACAGCUGGACCAAUCAGAGGGAGGCAGGAAUACCCUACUACAACAGGUGGAGGACUUGCGUGAGCAGCUUCUGAGGCUGGAGCAGCAGAGGCUGGAGCAGCAGAGGCUGGAGCAGCAGAGGGUGGAGCAGCAGAGGCUGGAGCAGCAGAGGCUGGAGCAGCAGAGGGUGGAGCAGCAGAGGGUGGAGCAGCAGAGGGUGGAGCAGCAGAGGCUGGAGCAGCAGAGGCUGGAGCAGCAGAGGGUGGAGCAGCAGAGGGUGGAGCAGCAGAGGGUGGAGCAGCAGAGGGUGGCCACCCAGCCCUCCACCCAGCCCAGAGACUACCUGGCCAGGGACAGCAGGGCAGGAGACCUGGGCCCAGACGUGUUGGAGCUGGAGCGGGAGGUGCAGGCACUGCGAGGGCAGCUCAGCAGAACGGCAGCCCUCAGAGAGCUGGAGGAGCUGAAGACGAGCCUGGAGCGCAAGGAGGGAGACAGACUUCUGCUCUGCACACAGGUCGAGGCUCUGUCCUCAGACCUGUCUCGUCGGGAGCACCAGCAGCUCUCCAUGCUGCAGCAGCUGAAGGACAUCCAGGCGCGCUCGGAGGCGUGCGCGGCUGAGAGGGCCCGGGCGGCCCAGCGGGCGGAGGAGGCGGAGGCCCAGCUGGAGGAGAGCGCCCGCAGUAGGGAGCAGCUGAGGGCCCGCGCGCAGGAGGCCGUCCGCCAGUGGAGGGCCCGGGCUCGGAGGCUGCAGCGGGAGCUGGAGGAGGCCCGCGCACAGGCCCGACUGGACGCUGACAAGGCCAAGCAGGUAUGUGAGGAGAGGGAGGGCUCCCUAACCCAGGUGAGGGCUGCGUCCCAGCAGGCGGAGGGGGUGAGGAAGGAGCUGGCCGAGGCCCUCUCCCGCCUGGCCCAGCGCGAGGAGGAGCUGCACCAGAAGGAGGUGCAGCUGUCGGAGACACGAGGCCGCCGCCUGGGCCUGGAGCAGGAGCUGCUGGAGGCCCGGGAGGCCGGGGAGGAGGAGGCCCAGCGGCAGGCCCGGCUGCGCCAGGAGAACCAGAGGCUGGAGGAGGCGCUGGAGGCCCAGACCCGGAGGCACCAGGGGGACCGGGAGGAGCUGCAGGCCGCCGUGACGGAGCUGCGAGCCAGCCGGGCUCAGCUGGCAUCCAGGCUGGCUGAGGAGGAGGCCUCCAGGAGGGAGCUCCAGAGAGCCAGCGCUGAGCUGCAGGUGAGCGCGAGCCAGGCCCGGGAGCAGAGCGCCUCGCUGGGGGGGCGUCUGGAGCAGGAGAGGCAGGAGCACCAGAGGGAGCUGGCGGGGGUGAAGGCUGCGGCCCAGGAGGGCAGGAGCAGGCUGGAGCAGACGGAAGCCCGGCUCCUGGAGAUGAUGGCGGCUGCAGGGGCGUCUCAGGAGCUGCAGAGGGCGCUGGGUGUGAAGCUGGACAGGAUGAAGGCCGAGUGUGACAAGCUGACCCAGCAGCUGGCCAGCUCUCAGGAAGCCAACCGCAUCCUCCACAGGAAAUACCAGCAGCUCAAGCAGGAAGUUGAUGAAAAAGUGCGCUGGUCUGCCUCGGAAGCGGAGCGUCGGCGUGUGUCGGAGGAGGCGAGGGCGGGGCUGGAGGAGGCGAGGGCGGGGCUGGAGGAGAGGCUGCGUGGUGUGCUGGUAGAGCAGGAGGCUGUCCUCAGCACAGCGGGGGGCGAGAUAGAUGCAGCCUGCAGAGCCCUGGGCAAGGACGCCCCAGACACACUACAGAUCUUAUCUGGCAGCCCUGGCCUCCUCAGAGACCCCCACUGCUGGCUGGCUGACACCAAGGCGAAGCUGCGCUGGCUGAGCGGGGAGAUGUGUGAGCGCGGGGCAGCAGAGAGGAGGAUGAGGAGACAGAUCCAGACCAGAGACUCUGACCGCCUCACCCUCCUGCAGCGCCUGGAGAAGCAGGAGAGCAAGCUGCUGUCCCUGCAGUCCGAGAAGACCGAGCUCCUGGAGAAGAACCACAGGAGGGAGGAGGACAUGAGGAGUCUACAGGAGCGUGUGUUGGAGCUGGAGAAGAGCACCAGAGUGGCCUUGAAUCACCUGGAGUCUGUCCCGGAGAAACUGGGUCUGAUGGACGACAUCAGAGACCUGGAGGAAUCCCAUCACCAGAAGCAGGUGGUGGAUGAGUGCUAUGUGAAGUACAAGGACAUCGUUGGAGACCUUCAACACCAGCUGGAAGAAUCAAAACGCAAGAUCCAGGAGUACAGGGAUGAGAAAAUGGAUGCCACUUCUCGCAGCAUCCGAUUGGCUGCCAUGUCAUCGUCCAUACGAGGCCCCAGCAACUUCUUCCAUAGCUCCCUGCGCCAGGACACCUCCUCCCCUCCCCUCCUCCUGUCAUCAGAACUGACCGGCAGCCUCCCUGCAGAGAGCUGCCCCCCCGUCAACGGUCUGUCGGACUCCGUCAGCACCUAGACCCAGCGCCCCCCGCGCCCUCGCUGAACUGUCACACACGGUGCUCAACACAACCCCCUCUGGAAACGGUGCCGACAGCCAAUAAGUCAACCCGGCGUGAGGCCCAACGUUCCCUCCACGCUCCUCAACACAUGGUGCUCCAGUCAGUCCAUUACUCGCCUGCUCACCCUGUGCUCACCUGCUCUGAACCUGGCAGCUACUCUGCACCCAGGGGCCUGGAGAGAAGACACAGCCGUCUUCGGUGACUACCUCAACAAGGCUGCAGCCAGGGGAACAGGCGGUGCUGUGUGGUGCUGUGCAGAACAAGGUAACCUUGGGAGUGUUUACGUGCUGAAACGCCUGGGGGUGCUCAACGACGACGGCUGUUGAAGGUGUUUCCGUGUGAACGUUUAUGCGAGUGUUUAUCUGAAUGUGCAAAAGAAUGGAAUGAAAGUCAAAAUGGCCCUACAGCAUUUCUGAAGCUAAAUUCAAUUUCAUCUUUAGUUGUUUUUUUUAUCGCUCACCAUUUCAGUUUAUAACAAAGAACACGGUUUGAAGUCUCCUGUUUACCUCUUUACUGGUCAUUUGGACUGGAUCAUGCCAACAUUUUAUGUUAUCUAAAGCAAUUAACAGUGACUGUUUAUAUAUUUGUUUUUAGCGAUACUGUGGUGCCUUUUUAACUUUGUACAUGCAUUUACGCUAUUAUGCUCAGCAAAUAAUGACAAAUAAUUGUCUUUUUAGCUUUAACACUUUUACCAUAGCUGUAACAUAUUUUAUUUAAUUUUUCUACCGUCGGGAAUAAUCGUCCCUCAUCCUUUAAAUUCCGUAUGCAGUGUUUUUUUAAAGAAUCGCCAACAAGCACUAAAGAUGUAUAUUUUCUAUUGACAUUUAGAAAGAAUAUAUGUGAUAAUAAAAACCUC